CAUGAUUAGCGGGGCCGUGGGUGACACGUAAGUUGGGUGGGAGGUGGCGGACCGCUGGAACUGCCAGAUCAGUGACACCGGCCCACCGGCCCCCUCCUAACCCGACCAGAGCAACCUGUCCCCAUCUCUCCACCCUCCGAGGAGGAUCUUGCGCGGGGACGCCUCGGGGAACCAGGUCCCUUUGUUGGGCGCGCGUCCCCUACCCGUGGUAGCGACAAAGUCCAGCCACGGGAGCCGGCGCGAGGGGCGGGGACAGACGGUGGGGACGGCGAGGCCAAGAAGUGUGGAGCAAGGAAAGCAGGGUAGGCUGCGCGUGGGGACCGGCGGCAAGGGCAAGCGGGCUCUGAAGUAUGCAAAGGGACCCCACGCGGGCCCAGCCACUCGCGGAGAUUUGACGUCCCAGAAGUUUGGUGGCCGCUGCCCGGGUGGCGUCGAUGGCCUGGCGCCCCGCCGUACGCGGGGGCUGAGCAGCCGCCUCUUCCCCUCCGGCCCCGCUUUUGUGUCUUGCGUCUUCUGCUCAUGCCGAGUCCGGCUACUUCCCGCGGUGGCCGCUGCUGAGCCGCCCGACUCAGCCGAGGACCGAGGACACGACGGCGCCCGCCGCCGCCGCAGCGCGGGGCGCAGGAGGGACUAUGGGAAACGGGAUGUGCUCCCGAAAGCAGAAGCGGAUCUUCCAGACGCUGCUGCUUCUCACGGUGAUCUUCGGCUUCCUUUAUGGCGCGAUGCUCUACUUGGAACUGCAGACCCAGCUGCGCAAAGCUGAGGCGGUGGCGCUCAAGUACCAGCAGCACCAAGACUCACUCUCUGCCCAGUUGCAAGUUGUAUACGAACACAGAUCAAGACUAGAGAAAUCUUUGCAAAAGGAGAGGCUUGAGCACAAGAAAGCAAAGGAAGAUUUCCUUGUUUAUAAGUUAGAAGCACAAGAAACACUGAACAAAGGAAGGCAAGAUUCCAAUAGCAGAUACAGUGCAUUGAAUGUCCAGCAUCAGAUGCUGAAAAGCCAGCAUGAGGAGCUGAAGAAGCAGCACAGUGAUUUGGAAGAGGAACACCGUAGGCAAGGGGAAGACUUCAGCAGAACAUUCAAUGACCACAAGCAGAGAUACCUGCAGCUUCAGCAAGAAAAGGAACAAGAACUUUCUAAACUGAAAGAAACUGUCUAUAAUCUGAGAGAAGAGAAUAAACAACUAAGAAAAGCGCACCAAGACAUUCACACGCAGCUUCAGGAUGUCAAGCAACAGCAUAAGAAUUUACUCUCCGAGCAUGAACGGCUUGUAGUGACUCUGGAAGACCACAAGAGUGCACUAGCUGCUGCACAGACUCAAGUCGCAGAAUAUAAACAGCUGAAAGACACUCUCAACAGGAUCCCGAGCUUGCGAAAUCCUGAGCCCGCAGAGCAGAGGAACAUUUCCAUUUCCCAGGGGACUCCACAAGGUUACAACAUGAGAGAGAAGCCAACAGGAGAGCUAAGAGAGGUGCCUCUAAAUAACGAGGUGUGGCAAAACCGUGAGGCAGUGCCGAGAAAGAAGGAAGAGAAAUCUUUCUUGCCCAUGCAGAAGGAAACCGGCUUUCAGGCACCAGCAGAGCAGAACCACGUGGAAACCAGAGAGCCCGAGGAGCGUCAGGUGGAAGAGGAGCACAGGAAAGCACUGGAAGAGGAGGAGAUGGAGCAGGUCGGGCAGGCAGAGCGUCUAGAGGAGGAACAUGACCCCUCGCCGGAGGAGCAGGAUCGGGAGUGGCGAGAUCAGCGCGGACAGGAUGCCGCCCACCUUCUGGAUGGCCGCCCUCAAGCUGAGGCGGACCAUCCCACCAAGGCGGUGACAAAUUUCCGAUCCCCCUAUGAAGAGCAGCUGGAACAGCAGAGACUGGCAGCAAGGAGGGAUGAGGAAGCCCAGAGACUGAGAGAACACCAGGAAGCUUUGCACCAACAGAGGCUGCGGGACCACUUGCUACGCCAACAGCAGCAGGAGCAGCUCCUGGCCAGGGAGGGGGCUCCGCAAAAGCAGGCAGAGCAUGAGGAAGACCGGCAGCCGCAGCACCCGGAGCAGCUACGGCAGCAAGUUCAAUACAAUGCCGUGGAGAAUGACAUCGGGCAGGGGGCAGAGGACCAGGGAAUCCACGAAGAAGAGGGAGGAGCCUAUGAAAGAGAUAACCAUCGCCAAGAUGAAGCGGAAGGAGAUCCAGGCAACAGGCAGGAACCUCAUGAACCAGGGCCCCAAGAAGCUGACCCAGAAGCUGAGGCAGAUACGGCAGCUGUGGAGGAUAUCAACCCAGCAGACGACCCCAACAAUCAAGGGGAAGAUGAAUUUGAGGAAGCUGAGCAAGUGAGAGAAGAAAACCUGCCAGAGGAAAGUGAAGAGCAAAGACCAAGGGAGCCCAAGCGAGAGAACGCAGACAUGGAAGAGCACUUGGUGAUGGCAGGGAAUCCAGACCAGCAGGAGGAUAAUGUUGAUGAGCAGUACCAGGAAGAAGGAGAGGAAGAGGUUCAGGAAGAUCUGACUGAAGAGAAGAAAAGGGAAUUAGAGCGCAAUGCUGAAGAGACCUAUGGUGAAAACGCUGAUGAUAAAAAUAAUGAUGGCGAAGAACCAGGAGCUCCAGAUAGUGCCCAUCCCAAAAGAAGAGAGGAGCAUUAUGAAGAGGAGGAAGAGGAGGAAGAAGAGGGGGCCGCUGUCGCUGAGAAAUCACAUCGGAGAGCAGAAAUGUAGCUGGACCCAAUUUCUAGGCUACGCUCAGCCAUCCAUUUUUUUUUUCAAGCUGCUCUAAAACAAGUCCCGCCUACUGAAUUCUAGAAUAUUUAAUUACAAACAAAAGUAAGGGUUUAGACUUUUUUAACUUUUAUAUUAGAAAUGCUAUACAUUUAUAUGAAUAUAUUUUGAUAACUUAGAACUUCUUUUAUAGUCAAGUUAAACAUGGAGAAGAAGAAAAACAAUAAGACAUGCCUUCAGGACUGGCUCUCACUCCUCAGAGACGGUGUGGUGUUGGAAAGUGCUUGGUCUUGGUGCAUGUCUCAGCUCGUUACUUUUUUCUUUUCUGGCUUCCAGGGAGUCUACCGUUUAUAUUGGAUAAAAGGCAGGAUUGGAUUUAGAAACCAGGUGUACUGAAAAACACUGUGCAAAUGUCGAGGGAAUGACCGGUAGCCUGGUGGCUAUUCCUACAGGUUCUUAGGUACGGCUCUGAUAGGAUGUCACUGCUACAGGCUGUCUGGAAAUGAGAUCCAUCUGCGCCUUUGACAUGUAAUUGGAAAGGUGUGUGUGUGUGUGUGUGUGUGUGUGUGUGUGUGUGUGUGUGUGUGCGCGUGUGAGUAAGAGAGAGAGAGAGAGCAAAGACAUUGUGUUUUCAAACUUUCAGGUCAGUUAGCAGUGCUGAACGAUCACAGCUGCCAUGUUCGAGAGGAAUCAAGUAUGAAAAUCGAAUAAUAUUAAUACCCCUAGGAAAGUAUCUUGGACUUGGUCUUCAGUUAUAGAGGCCAAACAAGGGCUGACACACUUAGAAACUGAUCGAGUCUGUGUGAAGUUGCUUCCUGGGUGACCUCCCAGUCUCCAUUAUUUCUUAUCUAAAGUCUCUUAGGUAUAUUCUCCUUGGUAUCCAGUUUCUACAGCACAUAUUUCUCCCUUAAGCUCUGUGCCUUGGUAUGUAACUAUUUGGAUCACAGCUAUCGAUAUGAAAGCAUGCAGUGUUACAGUUUAAUAAGAUUAUUUUUCAGAACUAUAUCGUGAAAUAUCUAUAGCACUAUGAUAAGAACUGCACCCUCAGUGGCUUUACUGUUUACCCAGAAUUGACCGGCCUUCGCCUAUAUAGAGGGCAUUUUAAUGGCUGUGAGUAAUAAUACAUCCCUUAGGAGAAAAUUCAAAGUGGAAAUUUUUCCCAUAAAUGAGUACAUAUUUCAGCUUGGAUCAUCAGUAUGGUUAAACACGUAGAACUGGGUCACAAUUCAUCUGUGUGUGGUUUUUAAAUGCUACUUUCAAAAUCAUAAAAAUGAAUUUCAUUUUGUGCUCUUAUGGUAUGAAUGUAAUUUUAGUUUUUAAUAGCCACAGUCAUGUAUGGUGUUGAUUUUCCCAGCUGAGCAAUUGUGUAUGUGUGCAUAGAACUGUUCUGUAUUUUGGAUUACUAGUAGCCAUAAAUCAAAUUUCAUCUUUAUGUAUAAAAGCCCCAUUAUGUAAUGUAAAAUGUAUAAUAUUGUACAUAAUAUUCAGAAUACAAUUAUUUUGGUAAAUUAGUUUGUAUUUUAAUGUCCCAGUUGCAGUAUUUAAUUAUUUGAAACAUAUUGAAUCUAGGGUAUUAACCAAUAAAGAUAUAAAAAGUGAGGGGUAAGUCUUUUAAAGCAUAUAAUUUCUUAGUGGUUUGUGAGCUACAGUUUUUCUUUAUAAGAAGAAUAUAAAUUAAUGAAUUAUUAAAUGCCUUUGCCAAAC